AUGCGGCAGGUAGUGGUGUCACAUGAGAGUCCAGGCCCACCACGCCAGCUGCCCGGGACCCCUGAUGCUGAGCUCCUGCAGGAAAGAGCCCUGCCAACCCCUCAGCAUCCUGCCUUUCGCAGAGAGGGAAGCCAAGGAGACCGGCCAGGAGCAAAGAGUACACCAAUGAGCUGGGCCCAGGACUCGGUGACGUUUGAGGACGUGGCCGUGCGCUUCAGUAGCGGAGAGUGGCAGUGUCUGACCCGCGCUCAGCGGCACCUCUAUGCAGACGUCAUGUUGGAGAACUACGGGAACAUGAUCUCGGUCGGCUUUGCGGUCCCUGAGCCUCCUCUGAUCUCCCAUCUGGAGCAAGGGGCCGAGCCCUGCCUUCAGGAUCUGCAGGACGGGGGGUUCCUGAGCUGCUCCUUCCCAGUAUCAGUGGACAGGACCUGGCUGGGGACUGAGAAGGCAAGUUCAGAACAGGAGGUGUUUGAGAGCGGGGAAGUCUGCUGGGUCCAAGUCAAAAGUCUCCUGAAAGCGCUGUCCCAGGAUCCUGAGGCUGGAGGAGCUCAUGUCGAGGAUGUCAAGUUAGAGAAUCCACAGGACACGCCCGGGAUGGAGACACUGGGAGGGGAGCAGGUGACCUGCAAUGAAGGAAAGGCCCGAAAGGUCCUCAGAAAAAACUUCAAUCCAGACCCGGAGCGUAUUCCGUAUAAUGGAGUCCUUACAGAACGGAAACCCCACCAGUGUGCCGAAUGUGGCAAGAGCUUCAGUUGGCAUGCGGACCUACUUCUCCACGAGCGCGUCCAUUCUGGCAAGCAGCCCCAUGUGUGCCACGAGUGCGGGAAAGCGUUCAAGACCAGACGCCAGCUUUCGGUACACCAGAUCAUCCACACAGGGGAGAAGCCCUUCCGCUGCGCCCAGUGUGGGAAGGCCUUCGGCAGCCCAUCCGCACUCUGCCGCCACCGGAAAGCGCACAGUGGGGAGAAGCCUCACGGGUGCCCCGCGUGCGGGAAGACCUUCGAGAGCAGGAGCCGUCUCCGUCUGCACCAGCUGGUCCACAGCGGGGAGAAGCCGCACGAGUGUGCCGUCUGCGGGAAGGCCUUCCAGUUCAAGCACUGCCUCACCCUCCACAGCCGAACGCACACCGGGGAGAGGCCCUACGAGUGCGCCGAGUGCGGGAGGGCCUUCAGCGGGAGUUCGGACCUCACCAAACACGCGAGAAUCCACACCGGGGAGCGGCCCUACGCGUGCGGCGCGUGCGGGAGGGCCUUCAGCCGGAGCUCGGACCUCAGCAAGCACAUGAGGACGCACGCGCGGGAGCGAGGCGGUGGCUGCCCUCAGUGUGGCCAAGCCUUCAGCAGCCAGGCGGAGCUCACCCGGCACAGGAGGACCCACGCUCCGGAGAAGCCCUACCCCUGUAGGGAGUGCGGGCGCGCCUUCCGGCACAACUGCAGGCGCCGGGCUCAUGAACGCGCGCACAGCGGGGAGAAGCCGUUCCCGUGCGCGCACUGCGGGAAGACCUUCCAGGACCGGCACUGCCUCACCAUCCACCAGCGGGUGCACACCGGAGAGAAGCCGUUCGCCUGCUCCCAGUGUGGGAGAGCCUUCCGCGGGAAGUCCAACCUGACCAACCACCAGAGAAUCCACACCGGGGAGAAACCGUACGCGUGCGCGGCGUGUGGGAAGGCCUUUCAUCACAGCUCCGUCCUGACGCAGCACAGGCGGAUCCACAGCGGGGAGAAGCCCUACCCCUGCAGCGAGUGCGGCACGUGUUUCCGCCAGCGCUCGGCUCUUGUCGGGCACCAGCGGGUUCACACGGGGGAGAAACCCUAUGAGUGUGAGCAGUGUGGAAAAGCUUUCAGAGUGAGCGCAAACCUCACAGGACAUAAGAAAAGAAGGCACAGAGGAGGGAGAGCCCACACACUUGAUGAGAGUGGGAAGGCCCUCUCCCCAGGACCCGUCCGACCUUCCCAGUAG